GCCUUCCCCUUGUGCUGAGCCUCCGGUCUGGGCUGGCAGCUUGAGGCGGAAUGGAGGGGCCCCAGAGCUCCACCCAUGUCCCCUUGUUGCUGCCGCUGCUUCUGCUGCUGCCACUGGGUCCAGCAUGGCAAAUAGCUGCCCAACGCUGCCCACAGACCUGCAUCUGUGACAAUUCCAGGCUGCAUGUUGCCUGCCGGCACCAGAACCUUACUGAAGUUCCAAAUACCAUUCCUGAGCUGACCCAGAGGCUGGACCUCCAGGGCAACAUGCUGAAGGUGAUCCCUCCAGCUGCCUUCCAAGCCCUGCCUUACCUCACCCAUCUGGACCUGCGGCACUGUCAGGUGGAGCUGGUGGCCGAGGGCGCCUUCAGAGGCCUGGGCCGCCUGCUCCUCCUCAACCUGGGCUCCAACCGCCUGAGCUCGCUGCCCCAGGAGGCGCUGGACGGGCUGGGCUCGCUGAGGCGGCUGGAGCUGGAGCGGAACAUGCUGGAGGAGCUGCGGCCUGGGACCUUCGGGGCCCUGGGCGCGCUGGCCACGCUGAACCUGGCCCACAACGCCCUGGUCUACCUGCCCGCCAUGGCCUUCCAGGGGCUGCUGCGUGCCCGCUGGCUGCAGCUGUCACACAACGCGCUCAGCGUGCUGGCCCCCGAGGCCCUGGCGGGCCUGCCUGCCCUGCGCCGGCUCAGCCUGAACCACAAUGAGCUCCAGGCCCUGCCCGGGGCCGCCUUGUCCCAGGCCCAAGGCCUGGCCAGGCUGGAGCUGGGCCACAACCCUCUCACCUACACGGGCGAGGAGGACGGGCUGGCGCUGCCCGGCCUGCGGGAGCUGACGCUGGACCAUGGCGCGCUGCAGGCCCUGGGCCCCCGGGCCUUCGCCCACUGCCCGCGCCUGCACACCCUGGACCUCCGAGGGAACCAGCUGGACACGCUGCCCGCGCUGCAGGGCCCGGGCCAGCUGCGCAGGCUGCGGCUGCAGGGCAACCCGCUGUGGUGCGGCUGCCAGGCACGGCCCCUGCUCGAGUGGCUGGCACGGGCGCGCGUGCGCUCGGAUGGCGCGUGCAGAGGGCCGCGGCGGCUGCGAGGCGAGGCCCUGGACGCCCUGCGGCCCUCAGACCUGCGCUGCCGGGGAGAUGCGGCCGAGGAAGAGGAAGAGGAGCUGGCGGGCACUGCGCCCCGAGCCCCUCCGCUCGCCCCGCAGGAGAAGGACGGGGCGGCCACGCCCUGCCCGCGCGCCUGCGUGUGCGCCGCCGAGUCCCGCCACAGCGGCUGUGAGGGCCGCGGCCUGCAGGCGGUGCCCCGCGGCUUUCCCAAUGGCACUCAGCUCCUGGACCUGAGGCGGAACCACUUCCCGUCGGUGCCUCGAGCGGCCUUCCCUGGCCUGGGCCACCUGGUGUCGCUGCACCUGCAGCACUGCGGCAUCACAGAGCUGGAAGCCGGCGCCUUGGCGGGGCUGGGCCGCCUGCUCUACCUCUACCUCUCUGACAACCAGCUCUCCGGGCUCAGCGCAGCCGCUCUGGAAGGGGCCCCCCACCUUGGCUACCUGUACCUGGAACGCAACCGCUUCCUGCAGGUGCCCGGGGCCGCCCUGCGCGCCCUGCCCAGCCUCUUCUCCCUGCACCUGCAGGACAACGCUGUGGACCACCUGGCACCUGGGGACCUGGCUGGGGUGCGGGCCCUGCGCUGGCUCUAUUUGAGUGGAAACCGCAUCACCCAAGUGUCCCCUGGGGCGCUGGGCACAGCUCGGGAGCUGGAGAAGCUUUACCUUGACAGGAACCAGCUGCGGGAGGUGCCCACUGGGGCCUUGGAGGGGCUGCCUGCCCUCCUGGAGCUGCAGCUCUCUGGGAAUCCACUCAGGGCCCUGCAAGAUGGGAACUUCCGGCCUGUGGGCAGGUCACUGCAGCACCUCUUCCUGAACAGCAGUGACCUGGAGCAGAUUUCUCCUGGAGCCUUCUCAGGCCUGGAGCUGGGGCUCCAGAGCCUGCACCUGCAGAAAAACCAGCUUCGGGCUCUGCCCGCCCUGCCCAAUCUCAGGCAACUGGAGCUCAUUGAUCUCAGCGGCAAUCCCUUUCACUGUGACUGCCAGCUUCUUCCGCUGCACAGGUGGCUAGCUGGGCUGAACCUGCGGGUGGGGGCCACCUGUGCCACCCCUCCCAGUGCCCGGGGCCAGCGGGUGAAGGCUGCAGCUGCUGUCUUCAGAACCUGCCCAGGCUGGGCUGCCAGGAAGGCUAGGCGGACACCGACCUUCAGGCUUGGGGGCAGGAGGACCCCCAUCAAGAGGAGACAGCAAGAAGCAGACAAGGUGGGAAAGAAGAGGGGCCGCCUCUGAGCACGGAGCAGGCCGGCCCUGCCUUGAUCUCGCCCGGCGGCUCUUACUCUCGUCAGGAAUGGGCUCCGAUGGGACCUUCCCCGCAGCCUGCAGGUCGUCCUCCAGCAGGGGCUUCUUGGACCCCUGUCUAAGGGGCCGAGUCUUGGUCGGCGGGAUUCUUUUCCCUUUGAAUAAAAAUGGAAUGAACCCAGC